AUGCUGCAAAACGUUUUCAACUUAGCCAGGUCACCGAUUCGCAACUCUCGACAAGCCCUGCAUGAUUCGUGGGAGGACGAGCUUGACUUUCGUUGUUCAACUGCCUGGUUGAUCUUCAUGUCAACGCUCUUUUUUUUGGUCGUCAGAAAUGGUCUAUUCGAUCUUCGAAAUCUCGUCGGCUGUGUUAUUGGAAACAGCACAAUCUGGUAUAAAUUGUGGUGGCUAACGUUUUUUCUCAAUGGGCUCUACUAUGGAUCAACUGUGCCUUUGGUGUACGAUCAAUGGAUUUUCGAAAAUUCCCGCUUCAAAUUUAAAAAUCGCGAUGAGGCUGAUGUUUUAACUGCCCAAACCACGUCAACGCAUUCAAUCAACGAUGAGAAAAGACUCCACAACCGAUUGGAA